UGUGGUAAAUCAUUUUGUCAAACUAGUGCUUUAAAUAAACACAAACAUACUCAUACAGAAGAAAAACCAUAUCACUGUGAUAUCUGUGAUAAAUCAUUCUCUUUAAGUACUUAUUUGACUAAACAUAAACGCAUUCAUACUGGUGAGAGGCCGUAUCACUGUGAUAUCUGUGGUAAAUCAUUCUCUAAAUCUGCUCACUUGACUAGACAUAAACGUACUCAUACAGGAGAAAAACCAUAUCAGUGCGAUAUCUGUGGUAAUUCAUUCUCUACAACUGAUGGUCUCACUAUGCAUAAACGUAUUCAUACUGGUGAGAAGCCAUAUCACUGUGACAUCUGUGGUAAAUCAUUCUCUGAAUCUGGUCACUUGACUAGACAUAAACGUAUUCAUACUGGUGAGAAGCCAUAUUACUGUGAUAUCUCUGGUAAAUCAUUCUCUAGAAAGGAUCAUAAAUCUACUCAUACAGGAGAAAAACCAUAUCGCUGUGAUAUUUGUGGUAAAUCGUUUUCUACAAAUAGUAAAUUGGCUAGGCACAAGCGUGCUCACACAGGAGACAAGCCAUAUCACUGUGAUAUCUGUGGUAAAUUAUUCACUAAUACCUUCAACUUAACCACACAUAUUCGUAUUCAUACAGGAGAGAAGCCAUAUCACUGUGAUAUCUGUGGUAAAUCAUUUGAUCAAACUGGUAAUUUAAAUCAUCAUAAACGUACUCAUACAGGAGAAAAACCGUAUCACUGUGAUAUCUGUGGUAAUUCAUUCUCUAGAAAUGAAAGUCUCACUAGACAUAAACGUAUUCAUACAGGAGAGAAGCCAUAUCAAUGUGACAUCUGUGAUAAAUCAUUCUCCACUGGAAGUCAGUUGACUACACACAAAUAUAUUCAUACAGGAGAAAAACCGUAUCACUGUAAUAUCUGUGGUAAAUCAUUUUCUAAAAGUGCUCAUUUGACCGAACAUAAACGUACUCAUACAGGAGAAAAACCAUAUCAGUGCAGUAUCUGUGGUAAUUCAUUCUCUACAAAUGGUGGUGUCACUAUACAUAAACGCAUUCAUACUGGUGAAAAGCCAUAUCACUGUGACAUCUGUGGUAAAUCAUUCUCUCUAUCUGGUCACUUGACUACACAUAAACGUACUCAUACAGGAGAAAAACCGUAUCACUGUGAUAUGUGUGAUAAAUCAUUCUCCACUGGAAGUCACUUGACUACACACAAAUAUAUUCAUACAGAAGAAAAGCCAUAUCACUGUAACAUCUGUGGUAAAUCAUUCUCUGAAUCUGGUCACUUGGCUAGACAUAAACGUACUCAUACAGGAGAGAAGCCAUAUCACUGUGAUAUCUGUGGUGAAUCAUUCUCUGAAUCUGGUCACUUGACUAAACAUAAACGUACUCAUACAGGAGAGAAGCCAUAUCACUGUGAUAUCUGUGGUAAAUCAUUCUCUGUAAGUACUUCCUUGAAUAAACAUAAACACAUUCAUACAGAGAUGCUAUAUUAGUAUGAUAUCUGUAGUAAAUCGUUCUCCCCCCACAUUAUAACUUUACUAAACACAAAUAUUUUCAUACUGGAGAAAGCCCAUAUAGCAGUGAUAUCUGUUGUAAGUUUUUGUCUACAACUUGUGCUUUAAGUAAAUACAAACAAAUUCAUACACAAAAGAGGUCAUACCAAUGUGAUAUCUAUGGUAAAUCAUUCUUUCAUUAAAAUUCCUUUGUCACAAAGGUUUUCAUAGAAGACAAUAUAUCUGUGAUAUCUGUGGUAAAUCAUUCACUUCAAGGUUUAAUUUAACUACUCAUAUAUGCGUUUAUGUGGGAGAAAAAGCAUAUCACUGUGACUUCUAUGGUAUAUCAUCUUUUCAAACAGACAUUUUUCGUACUGACAAAUGUAUUCAGACAGGAGAAAAGUCACAGCAUUUGCAUAUCUGUGGGAAUUUAUUCUCUAACAAAAGUGAGUUAGCUCCCCAUUUAGCUAUUCACUUGGAAGUGUAACUGUAUCAUUGUCCAAAUUCAUUACCUCACACAACAAUAAACCUCUCAAGACCGUUUUUUAUGUUUCACAGUUCCAAAAGGUAUCGGAUGUGCACAGAGUUAGGAAAGAUAGCUGAGCUGACAGACAUAGAAACGAGUUGCUGGAAGUGUGGGCGUGUGAAUUUUUUUGUGGUUUUGGUUUUUUGAUCUAGUUUUUUU